CUAGGAAACGUAAGAAAUGAAGCAGUGUGGCCUCCGUACUUGGCAUUGCUUUGGUGCAAGUCUCGCAGUUUAGGUAUUGUAAACGAGACGCCGUGUAUGAUAAUGCCGCUGCCAAUGCAGGGGAAGCAGGUUCUUUUUCAAAGUGCCGUGGAGCCAAUGCAAGUAGAUGCUCCACCAGAAGAUAAUGACAACAAUGAAGAAGAACCAUAUAUUGUUGAAAAUCCUAGUUUGGACCUAGAAGCAUAUGCAAACAGCUAUGCCGGAUUGGCUCGACUAUACAGACUCAUAUACAUUGCAGAUCACUGCCCUACACUACGGAUAGAAGCUCUCAAGAUGGCUAUAAGUUAUGUUAUGUGCACAUAUAAUGUAUCACUCUACCAACAGUUACAUAAGAAACUACAAGAGGCAGUUGGAAUUUCCAACUUGCCUGAUGUAGCAGGGGGUGGGGGUGGUGGUAGCGGUAGUGGUGUUCAGUCCACGUCACAAGACAUCCCCACCCUUGACUUGCUCUGGGUUGAGUCCAAAUCUAAAAAAGCAGCACUAAAGCUGGAGAAACUGGACACAGAUCUGAAAAACUACAAGUCAAAUUCAAUCAAGGAGAGUAUCCGGCGGGGGCAUGACGACUUGGGAGACCAUUACCUAGACUGUGGUGAUUUAUCGAAUGCUCUCAAAUGUUAUUCACGGGCACGUGACUAUUGUACUAGUGGCAAACAUGUAGUUAACAUGUGCCUUAAUGUCAUCAAGGUCAGUGUAUAUUUGCAGAACUGGUCACAUGUUUUGAGUUAUGUCAGUAAAGCAGAAGCAACUCCAGAUUUCUCUGAGUUACAUGGUAAAGAUAGCAACCAAACGAUCCAAACUCGACUUAAAUGUGCAGCUGGCUUGGCAGAAUUGGCAACCAAGAAAUAUAAAUCAGCAGCAAAGCAUUUUCUGGUAGGAAACUUUGACCACUGUGAUUUUCCAGAGCUGUUAUCACCUAGCAAUGUUGCUAUGUAUGGUGGCCUCUGUGCCCUAGCAACAUUUGACCGCCAUGAACUUCAGAAGAAUGUAAUUUUUAGUAGUUCUUUCAAAUUGUUCCUGGAAUUAGAACCACAGCUCAGGGAUAUUAUAUUUAAAUUCUAUGAAUCCAAAUACGCGUCCUGUCUUAAGCUCCUGGAUGAAAUAAAGGAUAAUCUCUUACUAGACAUGUACAUUGCACCACACGUGAACGCAUUGUACACUCAGAUACGGAAUCGUGCACUCAUCCAGUACUUUAGUCCAUACCUGUCGGCAGAUAUGAGAAAAAUGGCAGCUGCAUUCAAUACUACAGUCCUGGCGCUUGAGGAUGAACUUAUGCAGUUGAUUUUGGAUGGACAGAUCCAAGCUCGCAUUGAUUCACACAACAAGAUACUUUAUGCAAAAGAAGUUGACCAGAGGAGCACAACAUUUGAAAAGUCAUUGGCAGUAGGUAAGGAGUAUCAGCGACGGACACGCAUGCUCAUUCUUAGGGCUGCUAUGCUCAAACACCAAAUUCAUGUCAAGAGUCCUCAGAGAGACAGUGGGCAGGGCGGAGAGAUGUCAGUAGCUCCUGGAAACAGCACCCUUGCUACACCCAGAAAUUGAACAUAGUGUUAACCCACUUUGAGGUUUAGUGGCCUAUAGCUAAGUGAUAAAUUGAAGGGAAUGAGAGGAUUUGUUAUGCGACAGAAUUACAGUCCAAUAAUAAACAGUGGCCCAAAGUGAAAGAGAUUCAGGGUGAAACAGUGAAAUAUUGCUGUAUGUAUUUUGGGCCCAAAAAAUAAUGGCUGGUGAUUUUACAUUAUUAUUAUUAUUAUUAUUAUAGUGAACAUGUCCCAACUUGUGAAGUGUAAGUGAACUACUGUGAUGACCCUUGACAGCAACUUGGAGACUGCAACAUACCUGUGGUGUGCUUGAUAGUCAUCAAAACCCCCAUUAUUUUCAAACUGGAAACGUGUGAUCGAUUGAAGUCAACCGUAUGCAGCUCAGACUUUGCAGUCAAGCUGAGAUAGGUUUUUGUCUGUUAAUUUUACAACAAAUUGUUCUGACCUUAAACAUUGCAGCCCAUUUUAUAGCCUUUGAAAUGAAUCUUAUUCAGUCUUUUUUUUAUUUUCAAACAAUAUUGAAUGUUGUUUACUCGGUUCAUUACCAAAGAGAGGUCUGUUUUAGUAGUUUUAUUAUUCAGUAAAAUGCUGUAGUGUGAAGUAAUGUUUAAAUUCUGGACAGAAUAUUUUAACAUGUUGGUUGAAGUAUUUUAUAAGUUUCAUUUCCCAAGGUAAACCUCACACGCUUACCAACAUAGCGUGCUUCUGUUAACUUUGUCCAACAAGUGAGUGUUGACUCUUAUUUUAUGAGUUUUAGAAAUUGCUGGAAAAGUAUUCUGUACAUUAUAAUAAUUACACCUUUGUGACAUUUCAUUUAAGGUAAGUUAAUGAUACGUUAUUCCAUUAAUUUGGUACAAGUGUUAAAACCUGAAUGUGCUGGAAAUAGUCUUGUUAACAGGCUCUGUAUGUACAGGUUAUAACAGUAACACUAGUGUGUUCCAGCUGCUACAUUGAGCUUGUAAGUACGUACAUUUUGUGAUGUUGCAAGUCCUGCAAAUUCAGGUAAGUAUCGUCUUAGUUACGUGUGUAAUAACACUGUUCAGUCUGAAUAAUCAAACCUGAGAUCAGCCUUUGCACAUGACUGGCAAGAGUGUGCCCAUUACAACACGAACUGGGUCAGAUUGCACAGUAACCGAACCUAUGUCACUAAGUGCUUCACGUAAUUCUUUUCAAUAAAGUUGGUCACACAAGUCCCCCCACCAUUACCAGCUUAUUUGCUUCACUUACCUUUAAUUCUACAUGUUAAAGACACAUUUUUUGUGAUAUGACUAGAUGUACCAAUUGUGAAGUUGGUAUUCUGUCUGCUUACAAAAGAGGCUCUAAAGGCUCUGAUCAGCAUUAGCCAACAGUUAAUUACUUUGCAAUGUAAUAUUACAUUUCUCUUUCAUUGGGUCAGUUACCCAAUAUAAUGGUAGGUAUUUUAUUUUAAUAUUUGUAUAAAUUUGGAAAAGUCUUUUGUGGGAAAACUGACAAAUGUUAGUGACCAUGUUAUUUGUUUGUACUUCUGCAUUUGAUUUUCUUCCCCUAUCAUAGUACACUUUUUUCUGAUUAUGUUUUGUCAUCUGAAUAACAGUAAUUACAGGUAAGCUACCUUUUCUGUGAAAAAAAGAGUGAUGAGUUAACCAAACUUAAGGGAAUUGAACCGAAUAAUAACAAAGCAAGUACUGAUCUCUUACUACUGGUUCUACUAAAAAUACUAACAUGUCUCUUAAGCAGUCACACCUAACCAUCGUCCUAGCCAUGGCUGAGGUUUCCUCCUUCCAUGUCAGAAAUACUAGUUCAAUUUUAUUUUUGGUCCAGGAGGUUUUCAGCUUUACUUAGAGCUUCAUUAUCAAGACUUAAGCAAGUAUCUGGUAGCUAAGAGACAAAGCACAUUGAGCCCAUGUGUAAGUAGCUUCACAUUUUUGUCUGCAUAACUGCUUAUGAGGUGGAAAUACAAAUAGACAAAUUUUAAGUGUUGAUUUGCCUUUCAGACAUUCAGUUAGAGCCAUGAUCCUUCCACUUUACACUAUAUGACAGCGUAAGAAAAUCAUUAAAAAUUAUAUGAAUACGGGCAUUAAGUGAUGUGGUGUCCGUAAAAACCCUGCGUUUCGUUCAGGAGGUACUUUUUUUUGUCCCAGCUGAGAUAAUCUGUUCUGGUCAGUUGUGAUCUGAGUUGUAACACCAUGUGAUUUUGUAGGUGGUUACCAGCGUUUCAAGGGACCAAAUCACCUCCAUCUUCGUAUGGUCCUCUUAAAGAAUAAUUACCUACAAAUCCACAUGGUGUCACAAUCGUCAACAUGUUUCCCGCUGAGACUCCAUCUUUCCUCCUGUCUUCAAUUCCUCCAUCAGUGACUUGAAGUGAAUGUCAGGAUAGUAAUCAAGCAGACUAUAAUGAUGCCCCCCAUUUUUUUAAAAAAAAAACUCACUUUCAAAGAAUACAUGGCAUGUGCAUUUUAUUCAUCAUUAGUAAAUGACAUAAGAAGCAAAUUGAAAUGCUAGUCAGGACAGACAACGUAAGUGCAUUAGCGUUCAUAGAACCGAGACCCUUAUCAUAUGCAGAUUAUGAGCACUUUAUGAUGUUGACAGUUCAUGUUAUGUUGGUAAUUUGAUCAGCUGCAUGGCGAUAUUUCUCAUUAUCUCCAGCGAUACAAAAUUGGGUUAUAGUUCACCUUGUCCCCUCUUAAUUUUGUAUUAGGAUUUCAGUAUAAAGAAUAAAUGCAGACGAGUUGGUUUCUAAAAAGAUAAUGGAACCUCUUAGUGUUGCUUGAAUCUGUAACAGAAUAAUGAAAUAUGAUCAAAAUUCUGAUUACAACACUUCAGAACUGUUCUGUUCAUGAUUUGACCAUAGUUUGAAAUUAGUCUGUAAAAGUUUUAUUUCACAUUUUUUUUAAUUUUACAGUUCCACUUAUUUUAGUGUCAUGUAUGUUCUGAAGAAUAUAAUGGCAUUCUUGAUGUUUUAAAACAGUUUGAUAUGGAAUAGGUAGGGGACUGUUUCUUUGUUAAAGCAACAUGGAUGGAAGAAGAUAAGAUACUGGAGUUUAUUUUAGGCUGCGCAAUGUUUAUUCUUAAUAAAAAUGCUGUCUGCCCAGUUCAGUAUUUAUAUGAACAAUAUACUCAUUGUUUGAAUAUUAUAGUUAUUUAUCAACCUUAUAAUUUCAAACUGUUGUGUACGUAAAUGCUUUUCCCAUUUUGUAAGCCGUACAAGCAAUGAAAAUAGAUGAGUUCGUUCUGGUAAAUCAUUUCACAAUGACCUCAUUUAUUAUUUACCCUUGAGAGCUUUCUCUAAAUUGUGACAUUCUAGUAAUGGAAAUACUGAAAUGUUGAUAUUUUAAGAAACAAACUACAUAGGAGAAUUUUAUUUUGUUGUAAUUUCUGACAUGUACGAUAUUUAAAAAUUAUCCUUUA